CACUAACCUAGACCUCUUGAGGAGUUCAGCUCUAACGAAAGUUACAACCAGUGACUCGGCAUUGUUUAUGCUCGUUCGAUGUCGUUGCGGAACAUAUUGGCGCUCUUUGAGCGGAGUAGUCUGCUUUGUUAGACUCAAAUACUUGGCCUCUUCGCUGGCGUGAAAUCCCUAGAAUAAACAACGGCCAGACCUACACACCUAACAGUUUGUCGCAAAAUCUUUCUUCUGUUGUAUCCAGGAUGUAUUUCAGAUUGCUUUUAUCAUGUUCAGUGCUCGGCGCGGUGCAUUGCUUGACAUCGGAAAGCAGCUCCAAAGACAUUGAUUGGGCGUCGCUGCAGUGCCCCAGUGAUAAUAUUACAACUCUUCCUACUCCAACCUACGGCACGAAAGAGCGAGUCUUCAUGAUCUGCACGGAGCUAUUCAUAAAUGCGCCUCCACAAAAAGUUUAUGAUACCUUGAUAGACUUUGAGAAUUAUCACCGCUGGAACACCUUUACGAUCGACGUCCAGAUUCCGCCCAAUGUGCAGACCCCGGAGGAUGACUAUGUUGGAAUGGAGAUGGUUUUCACGACGACGGGACUACUUCCUGGUGCGAACACUACUAGUGAUGAAGUCCUUACUGUGCUUGAUGACGAUCCGAGCAAGAGAUACCUAAUGAACGCGUGGCGGUCGAAUACUCUGUUCAAUGGAUCACUGAGCCGGGCAGAACAUCCAAAUAUCUUGACUAGUGCCGGGCGUGGUCGGACGAGAUAUGUUUCGUAUGAGACCUACUAUCUUGGUCUUGCGACUCCUUUGAUUUUCGCGAUCAGGCCGCAACUACAGACCCAGUGGGACAGACAGGGGUUAGACUUGAAGGACUUUGUCGAGGGGCUAUAGUGCAUGCCGGAGCCUUUAAUGUCAGUUAUGCGAAGCUGGCCAGCUAGUUUGAGCAUAGUUCAAUUCUAGAGGCCUUGACCCCUCAUGAUCAGUUUUCUCCCGGGUGAAAUACCGAUCGCUUGGCCUUGGUUCAGUUGCUCUCGGUCUGUUAGAUUUCCAACAUACCACAACACAAUUUUGACGUCAAAGGUGGUACCUGACCUGCC